AAAAUUAUGAGGAACUUGAGAAAGAAAAAAUAAUAAAUUUUUAACAUUUAGUUUGUCAGUGGUUGCUCUUAAGGUGAAGUGGUUAAAAAAUUGUCAGGCUCAAUUAUGGAAGAAAUUUGUUCUAUGCUAGAUUCCUAUACUGGGAGGGAUAAGAUUGUGAGAACAUUAUGCUACACGGCAAAAUUAAUGUCAGCUGUUCAAAAUGAUCGUGGCAAUGAUGACCUUGCGAAAAAAUUUGCAACUUUCUCAACGAAAAUGAGUCAAACAAGAGCAAAUCUUCGGCUGCUUGAUGAUCUUCCUAUGAUUAAAUAUUCUUUAGAAUAUGGAUUUGGGGAGAAGGAACCAGACAAAAUUAUGUCCACAAUUGGAGUCCUGACAAACGUUAUCGAUCACCUUUACUAUCCAGUAGACAAAAUAUGUUGGGCGAUUGACGCUAAAAUCCUCAAUGUUAAGAACCCUGACAAAUGGGACACAUUAAAUUCAAUAUUCUGGACAUCUAGCAUAUACCUGAAUUUGAUGAAGACAAUUCGUCUUGUUUAUAUCAUGCGCUUACAUCGGCAAAAUAUUGAUAAGAUUGAGAACGAGAGCGCGGUAGCAUUAAAGAAAUUGGAGGCAAAGGAGAGGAUGGAAUUGAUAAGCAUUGUCAGAUUGUCACUUGAUUUUGUUCAUGCCGCUUCGACACUUCCUCAAGGUUGGCUUUGGGGUGGGAAAUUUUCCACGCUUGCUGUUGGAUUUAUUGGAUCUACGUCAUCACUGAUUGGACUUUAUCAGUAUUUUGCGAGGAAGCGACUUGCCAAAAAUUGAAACAAGAAUUUACUGUUAUUUUUUAUCAUCUUUUUCAAAACAAGUGCCUUGUUGCAUGCCAAAAAGACAUACAUUUGCAUUACUGCAUUUAUCAACAAACUUAUAAUGACAAAACAUUUAGACUAUUAUGGCUGGUCCUAUGUAAUAUAAAUGAUUACAGUUCUAUGACUUUAUGAACUUA